AUGGAGUUUUUGAAGAAGCCUUUGUUUUCGACCGAAACACCAGAGAAAAAUGGGAUCAGGGUUCUGAAGUUAAAGCUUCGCGACGCUUUCAGUGAGUUUUCACUUGUGCUGGCCUCUAUCGUCGCUUCUGCAAUACUUGUCCGAACCAUUUAUGGGGUCCGAAGACACAUUUUCACCUCAAACCACAAAUAUUCUUCCUAUUUCAAUGAUCCAAAGACUAUUAUUAUAGAGGAAUACAAAGAUGACGACUCACUUAACCAAGAAUUUCAGGCUGUUGAUACCUAUUUGGUCACCGAAGUGAGCUCGUCUUUAUGCAGACUGAGAGUGAGAAAGGAUGAGGAUAUGAAGAAAUUGGUAACCUACUUGGAGAUAAAUGAAGAGAUUGUUGACAUUUUUGAGAAUGUGGAAGCAAGAUGGAGAUUGAUUUUCAAAAAUGCUGAAUUGUCUGAUCAAUGUGCCUACGCAAAAUAUAUGAAAUACUAUGAGCUAACUUUCGACAAGAAACAUGAACAGAAGGUGUUGAAUUUGUACUUGCCAUACAUUACGGAGCGAGGAAAGGCUAUUAGAGAAGAAAGUAAGGUAAUCAAGCUAUAUCCGGUGAACUUCGAAUGUGGAGUCUCAGACUAUAUCUUCAAUUUUGAUCACCCAAUUACCUUCAAGACCCUCGCAGUUGAUUCAGAGCUUAAGACAGCAGUAUUGGAUGAUUUGAACACCUUCAUGAAUGCACAAGAAUAUUACAGAAAUACUGGUAAACCAUGGAAACGUGGUUACUUGAUAUAUGGUCCUCCUGGCACAGGCAAGUCGAGCUUGAUCGCAGCAAUGGCUAAUCACUUAAACUAUGACAUCUAUGACUUGGAUGUAUCAGAGUUCGACCGCAGUCCUGAUUUUUUCGAGCGCUGGGUGAUUCCUGGACUGCCCAGUCGAACUAUAGUGGUAGUUGAGGAUAUCGACUGCACUAUCAAAUUGCAAAACCAAGAAUUGGUGGAUGAACCUGAGAUUGAAGGUGAAAAACAGUUGGCUUUCAACCAUUUCGAUAUUGCCCAUCACACACUCUUUGAAGAGAUUGAAGGUCUUUUAAAGAAGGUUGAAGUAACACUUGCAGAAGUUUCAGGAGAGCUUAUGAAGAGUAAUGAUGCUGAAGUUUCUCUCCAAGGCCUAAUCAAAUUUCUUCACCUCAAGAUUGCUGAAUAUGAUCAAGUCCAAAGAUUAGAAGAAAUUAAGGGCAUUGAAGCAUGA